AUAAUCAGUUACACAUAUAUUUCCAAGUUGACACCAACCGGAACAAAUAUCCUCUAAAAUGAAUAACAAAAUUACCAAAUCCAAAUUCACCCCCCCUGUGACACCUCUAAAGGGAAAAGCAGUCACAGGCAAGAAACGCCCCGAUGAGGAAAGCAUUUUUGGCUGCAAGUUCGAGGUCUUUGGCAAGGUCCAGGGUGUCUUCUUCCGGAAGCACACAAAUAAGAAGGCAACGCAGCUGGGACUGGUCGGGUGGUGCAUGAAUACCGAUGAGGGAUCUGUAAAGGGCGUGAUGGAAGGAAAUUUGGACAACAUAAUUGAAAUGAAGUACUGGCUCCAGCACAAGGGCAGUCCUCGUUCAGUGAUCCAAAAGGCCGUCUUCUCGUUGAACGAGCCCUUGGUCAGUCCCACCUUCAAGACAUUCUCAAUACGACGCUAAAACAAAAGAGAUCUCACUGCAAUCCUCUACGCAUUUAGCUCCGAUGUAUGAGCUCUGCUUCAUAUAGUUAGCCAAUAAUUAUAGCCCAUAAUUAUAACAAUAAAAACUAUUUAACCCA